AUGGUUCGAGGAGCCCCAGUUGGUGCUCCUCAGGGCACUCACAAAGCAAAAAGGUCCAAAACAAACCCAGCUCCGGUAUCUUCAACUGCACCGCAAACCGCACAGGAUAUGGCACUGCCGCCCCGUCGGUGCGUCCAAGUGUCUGAAAAAGAGCAGAGUGUCCCGAAUAGAGACAUAUUGACGGAGAACCCGACGUGGGACUUCCUAAACAUCGCCGGGGAUGGCGGAGUACAGGGAGGCAUAUCCCCAGGGGCCCCCAGCUUACUCUGUAAUUUCCCCGUGCCCUCGCCGUCAUCGGAAAGAGACAACUUUCAGCCUCCCUGGCAGAACCUGCAAACUGGUCUCGAAAAUGACCUGGACAACCAUUUGGAUGUUGGGAUGCUGGAUUCACUCUCUUGGCUAGAGAACCCAAAAAGCCCCGUGCAGGCUCCUAGCACUGGGGGUGCAAUACCCGCAGUCACUCACGAUAACAUGCUAUCUGCGCCUAAAAGUCCGACGACGACAGGAAAUCCUUCGGGGGUUGGUGCAAAUUAUGACACUCAAAAUUACGACAACCUGAUUGCCACCGAGAUAGACCGAGCUUUAAACGCAACACGACCGAGCGACUCCGACGCUUUCGAACAAUAUCUCCUCAAGCAUUUUAUUGAUAUUCUUGCUCCGUCCUUUUACCCAUUUGACUCCAAGCGAAAUCCUUAUACGGCUGUCUAUGUCCCACUGGCCGGUCGCUCAUCUGCGUUGCGCAAUGCAAUCCUUGUCGCCUCAGCGAAUCACUUGGUCUCGCUGGGUCAAUUCCCUCCUUGGGCUAUGGAGCCCUAUCGUUCGGCGUUGAAGAAUUCUUUGCGGAAAAGCUCUAAUUGCGCUGAUGCGAAUUAUAUGAUGGCUGCCACUGUGCUCCUGUCUAUCGCAGCUGAGGUUAUCGGGUCCGGAAUAGGCACAUGGAGCGUGAAGCUGGAAGACGCCCGGAAGCUUCUUUUUGAUAGCAACCACGGCAGCCUAGGAGCCAAAGGAAAGUUUCUUCGACUACACUAUACCUGGAUGGCGGUCAUUGGUCGAACUCUCUGGGCCCCAGGCUUGCCCGUGAUGCCCCUUACCGACCCUCCCCUUUUAAAUGACAACCACGAGUCAGAGGUAGAGCUUUCUACGGAACAAGAGCAAUGGUUCGGGAAUUUACCAGACUACUCCAUGCUCGUCCUUAUGCGCACCGCAACAGAAUUUGCUCAAAAGGUCGGACAGAUCCCCAUACAAGCAGACCCAAUCCAAACAAUGCAGCAAAUGCUACCCGAAAUAACAGACUUGAUCAUCUCAGUCCGAAUGUGGCAGCCAAAAGCCUCAUCCGCAAUGGAACCGUACGCAAAAUCAGUCCUUGACGUGGGCGAAAUUUGGAGACAGGGCCUGCUCUGUUACAUAUACACCGAUAUAUGUUCCCUGUCGCCAAGUAACUCUAGACUCAGUCAAUGUGUUGCAGCUGCAAUCCCGGCCAUCCAGAGACUUACUUGGAUGCAGUGCGUUCUUUGGCCGGUUUUCAUGAUCGGGCUAAAUGCGAAUAAUCAGGAGAAUCAGUCUACGAUCGAGAGCAGUUUGCAGAAGAUGAACUUUGCGCAUCACUUUAAGACGCCUUUAUCUUUGAUUAAUAUCCUUCGGAAGGUUUGGAGCUCGCAAGGGUCUUCUAGUAAGUGGUGGGAUAUCAUGUCGGAGUGUGGGUUGGAGUUGAAUAUUCUGUUAUGA